CCCUUUCACUUCAUUUCUACAUUCGCCGCCUCGUGCGGUUGAUAUUCGCGCGGAUGAUCCGCCAAACGCCUCUUAUCGGCUCAGCACAUCACUCUACGCGUAAACUUUUGUCUGGAUAUUAGUAACAUUUCUCUCUCAGCGAUGGCUAAUCAAUCUGGAAAGCGUCUUCUUCAGAACAUGUGUUAUGCUAAAACUUUGCAAAAGGAGCAAGAAAAGUAUCGAGGAUUUAUGCAUAGUAUUACCAACUGGUAUCAGUCACAACGGUCUAAAUCUGAUAAGAUAGAAGCAGAUAUGCAGAAGGAAUCUAGGGAUGUACCGCAACUCUCUCUAAGAUCCAAACUCGUAAAGAAGGCGGAUUGUGAUUCUGAACUUGGCAAGUAUUAUUCUGGUGAUGAAGAUCUAGGUGAUAGUAAGUGGAAAUUAGAGCUCGCCUGGCUUACAAAAGCUCUGGAACCAGCUCUGCGAUUAUGUAGGUGGGCUCUGCCAACAGGAAAUGGAGAUGGAAAAUCCCCUCCUAGCAGUCGAUCUUUGGUAGAGACAAUUUCAAGCAUCCAACGGAGUAAGAUUGGACUUGAGGAUUGGAGCUUGACUGACCUUACCAUUGGUUUAUAUCUAAUAUACCUUCGUCAAGCAUCUUUAAAUCCCUUUGAGGAUGUCAAGGGUGUUCAGGUUUUGUCAGAAUCAACAGUCCAAGAUCUCAUCUACCAUACUGAAUUAGCAAAAGGUUCUUACCAGGAUAAUGCCACUGUUCUUGCAAGGAACAGCAUGCUUAGAGAAAGCAAUGUUCUGAAAUUUGUCAAAAGUUCAAGUAUAAUGAGGCCUGGGUAUUAUAUUGGGAUUGAUCCUCGUAAGGAACUUGUGAUUCUUGGAAUCCGUGGAACUCAUACCGUUUAUGAUCUUAUUACUGAUAUUGUUUCUUCAAGUGAUGGAGAUGUCACAUUUGAGGGCUAUUCAACACACUUUGGCACAUCUGAAGCUGCACGUUGGUUUCUCAAUCAUGAGAUAGGAACCAUAAGGAAAUGCUUAGAGAAAUACAAGGGAUUUAGGUUAAGGCUGGUUGGUCAUUCUCUUGGGGGUGCUACAGCUUCUUUGCUGGCAAUUAUGCUCCGUAAAAAGUCACAUGAUGAGCUAGGGUUUAGCCCUGAUGCUGUUUCUGCUAUUGGAUAUGCCACUCCACCUUGUGUUUCCAAAGAGCUUGCUGAAGGUUGCUCUGACUAUGUCACAACCGUUGUUAUGCAGGAUGAUAUUAUUCCCAAGUUAAGUGCAGCUUCUCUGGCCCGGCUCAGGAAUGAAGUUCUUCAAACUGAUUGGAUGAGUGUGGUUGAGAAGGAAGACUGGAAAAAUGUUAUAGGUCUGGUGACAAAUGCGAGGCAAAUGGUAUCUUCAGUGCAAGAUGUAGCUAGGAAACUUGCUGAAUAUGCAAAGUUCAGGAACAGGAAAGAUUCUUCUGACGGUUCCAUACAAAAAGAAUCACCUGUUGUUCCUCUAGCCCCUUUUAGCUCCAAUUCAGCGGUAGAGAAUACUAAUGGACUCCAACAGAAAGGAGGUGCCUGUACAGUUGCGGGGGAGUUAUUUGUACCUGGGAAUGUUUACUAUCUAAAGAGAAGUAUAGACACAGAUAGCAACAAUGAAAGAGGUGGGGAGUUUUUCACGCUGUGGAAAAGAUAUCCAGGUGAACAUUUCCAAAGGAUAGUGCUUUCAAGCAAUUUAAUUUCAGAUCAUAAAUGUGAUAACCACUACUAUGCUCUACGAGACGUACUUAAGGGUUUGCCUAGGUCAAGUCAUGAAACAAUCGUUUAGUUGAUUUCACGUGAAAUUUUAUUAAUGCAUUCAUUAUAGUGUUUAGGAUUGAGAGGUUUAGCAGAAGAAUUUUGAUGGGUAGUUUUCCACUGCUUGACAGCUUGAUGAUUAGUUAUCUGAUUUUUUUGGGAUUUUAAUUGUGAGAUUGCCCUGGUGAAAUGAGAUGGAUUAAGUUCCAAGAUGGAGUCUCGGUUCUUGAUUUCCCAGUGGCAGCUUAAGAAGUCUUACAGCUGUAACUUCUGUUGCUUCCUCUUUAAUUUUUUGAGGGAAAUAAAGUAGACUUGAAUCAUUUUGAUGUGUUCAAUAAACAACUAUAGGGGUAAAAGAAUUAUAAAUGAUCAUGACUUGUCUCAUUCCUUCUUUGGAAGAUAGAGAUAUAGUUCUGUGUAGGGGAUUGUUUGUUUGCAACUUCUGUUCUAAACUGAAAUAAUGCUUCCAAAAGGAAACUACUUUUAGAUGUA